UCGUGCAGUGACGUGUUUGAGGACAUGAACCACGUCCCGCCAGACUUUACCAUCACUGCGUCACGGUUUGGCGGAUUGUGAGACACAUCCGGAGCUUCCUGUGUCUGUCAUCUCUGGACGCCCCGUUGAGUCGUCAUGUACCGGGAUGAGAGGGUCAGUGUGCUGACCUGGGAUCAGGUGCGGCGUCUGGACUCGAUCCUGGCGGAGAGCGUCCCCAUCCACGGCCGCGGAAACUUCCCCACGCUGUCCGUGCAGCCCCGACAGCUCGUGCAGGUUGUCAAGGCUCGACUGGAGGAGCGGGGCGUGGAGGUUCGUGGCGUGAAGCUGAACGGCUCUGCAGCUAGCCAUGUGUUGCACCAGGACAAUGGCCUCGGCUACAAAGACCUAGACCUGAUAUUUGGCCUGAAUCUCACUGAUGACAAAACCUUCCAGCGUGUCAAAGACGUGGUUCUGGACUGCCUGGUGGAGUUCUUGCCUACAGAGGUGAGCAGGGAGCGAGUCUCAGCCCUCGCUCUGAAGGAGGCGUACGUGCAGAAACUGGUGAAAGUUUGUACCGACACAGAUCGCUGGAGUCUGAUCUCACUGUCCAACAACACGGGCAAGAACGUGGAGCUGAAGUUUGUGGACUCCCUGAGAAGACAGUUUGAGUUCAGCGUGGACUCCUUCCAGAUCACUCUGGACUCGCUGCUGCUGUUUGACCGCUGCUCACAGACGGAGAUGUCUGACACCUUCCACCCCUCAGUGCAGGGCGAGAGCAUGUACGGACACUUCCACGAGGCUCUGGAUCACCUUCGCUCCAGGACCAUCGCCACCCGCAGCCCAGAGGAGAUCAGAGGGGGCGGGCUGCUCAAAUACUGCCACCUGCUGGUGCGCGGCUUCCAGCCGUCGUCUGAGAUGCAGAUGAAGCAGAUGCAGCGCUACAUGUGUUCACGGUUCUUCAUCGACUUCUCUGACAUCGGUGAGCAGCGGAGGAAGCUGGAGGCUUAUCUGCAAAACCACUUUGCGGGCAUGGAGCACAAGCGCUACGACUACCUGGUGACGCUGAGGCGCGUGGUGGACCAGAGCACCGUGUGUCUCAUGGGUCACGAGCGCAGACAGACGCUGGCUCUGAUCUCCACGCUGGCCCGGCGUGUCAUGGCGGAACACAACGCUGUUCCUGCUCUGUCCAACAUCACCUGCUACUACCAGCCUGCUCCUUAUGUCCGAGACGGCAACUUCAGCCAUUACUAUGUGUCACCUGUGACCACAGUGAGCAACUCUUAUCAAACAUGGCUGCCCUGCAGCUGAGCGGUGACGUCACAGGUUUGACUGUUUACUGUAUACGUUUAAAGUGUACUGAAGGUGUAGUACUGAAAUACUCUAUUUAUUUGUUAGGAUGUGAAUCUUGUGGAACAUGCAGCAGCAAAGCACUGUUCGGGGGGGGGGGCGCUUUUCACUCACGUGGGUUCUGAACCUGAACACAGGUGACUUUGUACCAGAGAAGCUUGUUUGUGUUUCAAAUGUCUUUUAAGAGGAGAUUUUCUAAUGUUGGGUGAAAGUUUCAAGAUUAUCAAGAGUGUGUGCACUCAUGUUCACACACACACACACACUUGUGUUGCCGUCUCUCUCUCAGUGCGUACACACACACACACACACACCUAGAGCUCUAAGUUCCAUUUUUCCCAUUAAAAUGUUUUUCAAAUUGAGAUUUUUUAACAUUUCACACCAGCAAAGUGUAAUUGUAAAAUUUAAUAUAAUGUAAAAAUAAAGUUAUUUAUGCAACACAAUAUUUCAGUACUUUUAAUACGUAAUAAGUUUUUAAUAAAACAUAACUUCACAAAAACAGUUGUCAAUACCAUUAAAGCAAUAAUGUGCUUAGAUACUGGUGAGUUCAUCAGAGGCUGCUCAGGUCAGGCCACGCCCCCUGCUCAUGUCCUUGUACCUUUACUUGUGCUGUACCACAGGCUUCUUGUGUGUGUUGUGUUUGUGUGUGUGUGUGUUAGUCUCAGACACGGUGUGUGUGUGUGUGUGUGUGUGGCCCCUAGACACACGCGUCAUAGGGCCCCUAAACACACACACGCACACACACAAAACUGUACCGCCAUUUUGAAACAUAUUUGUAAUGAUGUAAACUCUGUAGCAUUGUAGCUUGUUUGGUUUAUGGCCUAGUGUGUACAAAAAGGUUGUAUUGUUUCUUUCUCUUCAAAUCUUAUAUCAACAAUUCUCCUUUGAGCCACAGUAAUUAUCUUUUAUUCUCUUUUCAUUUCAUAAUUUCAUAAUGUGGACAUGCAUUGAAAAAUGAAGGCUUCAUAUGUGACGCAGGAAGUUGUUUUUUGUUCUGCUUCUUGUCUGAUGGAGGCUCUUGUAUCUUUAGUGAAAUGUAAAUAUUUGAUGUGUGUUUUUGUUUAAUGGAUAUAAACUUUCAUGUGUAGUUAAACAAAUAUCCUGCUCAGAAGUGUUUUGAAACUCUUUCACCAGGUUACUGUACAUCAGAGUAUUUGUUUUGUUGUCAUUAAACAUUGUCAUUUAUUGUGGCUGACAUGAAUGCAAA